GAUCUUUUGCCUCAAACAUCGCUUAAGAGUCCGAGCAGGAGCUAGAAAGUAUCACAAGCAGGAUAUCCACGACAGGAGAGAAGAAAGCUACACGAUGAGAUUAAUGUUGAUGUUAUUUUUACUAACUGUCUUGCUGAGUUUGAGCACGGCUCGAGUUGGACACAGCACAAAUGUUUUAUCAGAUUCCACUGUUCGAACAAUCGGCGAGGUAGAAUCCACUGUUCGAACAAUCGACGAACCUGAUUGCCCGCAAUCACACAAAUCUUCGGAUAAUAGUAAAAGCAUCAAACGCCUGCAGAUCCGCAGUUAUGGAAUAAACGGUAAGGUGCGAAGAAUUCAUUCGGGAUCCAACGAGGAGGAUAAACCUGGUAUUCAUGCAUACGGUUUGCCGAAAAAAAGCUUACAAGAUAAUGGUGUUAUCGAGAGAGUGAAUCUUGGAGAAGAUCGUAUCGAUGAUGCCUCAAAAAAUGGUCGAUUGGUGGAGGCCUAUGGAAUACCGAAGAAUAAUAUGGAGACCAAUGGCUUUAUCGAAAGACUACCGUUUCCAAGCGCAGGUCGUCAGCCUGUCACCUUGGGGUCACGACGCGAUAACGUCAGAAUAAGGAGAUCCGUUCGCACGGGAUCAGAAAACAAGGUCGAUGAAAAUAUCGUGAGCGAGGCAGAGGAUAUGGAAGCACAGGACGCGAAGGUCUUCAGGCCGCUAUUUGUUUACAGGCAACAAGCAGCCGCCAGAGAAAGACGGAAGCACGCAAGGAACGCAGCGCACAAAAAUCAUUGGCACGCGAUUCAUCAACCUUGCAAUCAUGGAUGAAUAAUCUAUUGAUUUUUUCAAGGAGAACAUAAACAUGACACGUUCUUUAUUCUGUAGAAGUUGAGCUAAACUUGCAUUAGAUUUCCUAAAUAUAAUGCAAAAGAGUGUGCCUUUAUAUAAAAUAUUUUUAUUACAAAAUCUGCACAUUAAUUUUUUUUAAAGAUUUAGAUUUAGCUUAUAUAUUGUUAAGCUUAUGUAUUAUCAACUGUACUUAAGUAGUUGCUUUAAUUAUAAAUUGUUCUCCAUCACUAGAAUAAUAAGAUAUUUAUAUUUUUUAAAAAGGAAUUUUGCAAUCAAUAUAUUUCGUAUCUAAACAUGUGGUUGGAACUGAUUUUGUUCUUUCCAAAAGACAAUACCAAAAAGUAUUAUAGAAAUAGUAUUAAUUUUUGAUAGUUUAUUUUUUUUGGCAUAUUUAUAUGUGUAUGAAAUUAGUACGUUUAUUUUACACAAAGUCACGUAUAAAUUUACUAUUGUUACUACAGCAUAUACCUAAUCCUAAUUAUUAAACAUAUAAAAAUAAAUAAAAACACGUUUUUAAU